AUGAAGAAGACGCUAUGGUUCCGUCAAACCCUCACCAUUCGCGCAGCAGUUACCGGCAUUGCCACCGUAGCUGCCGCUGGUAUCAUCUUCGUUCUAAAAGAUACCAGAUCGUCCAAACCAUUCACAUCAUUGGCUCUUGCUAGUUGCGUUUGCUUUCAGAGUUUUCUUGAUAGUGUUAUUGCAGAAUAUGAGAAUGAUGAUGAAAACAUGCCUCUUGUCUUUUCUCUGGCUUCUUUAUUACAAGAGCUGAGCUUAGUUAGUACAGAAAAUGUUGUAUUGAGUCCGAUAAAUUUAAUGCGUGCUAUGUCCAGCUACAUUCCAGAUUUUGAUCUGACGAGCCAGCAGGAUGCUGCUGAGGCGUUUGUUCAUCUACUGUGCUCUUUGAGAGAAGUAUCUGGAGACGGACUGGCAGACUUAACUUGUCAAACUUGUUCAUCCCAGAUCUCAAAUAAAUUUGAAAAUUUUGAUUGUUUGCCUCUUUCGCCCGUGCUUAGUAAUAGUUACACCGUAAGAGUUGGUUGUACACUGGUGGAUUGCUUGAAGCAGUUCAUUGUAGCUGAACACAUUGAAAACUACCACUGCAGCCACUGUUGGCAUAACGCAGCAAUCAAGUAUCUUUCCUUGAUGGAAGGAGACAAGGUAGAACUUGGAAAACUUAGGAGGUGUUCUGACCAAGAAUUCUGCGAUUGCCAAAAAACAUAUAAUCUUGAAAAUCUACCGUGGUCAAAUAGGUUUUCACAUGCUUUGAAGCAGCUAAAUAUUGCUCGGUGUCCAAGGAUUUUAUGCAUCCAGUUGAAAAGAGCUCACAUGAAUGAUGUUGGAGAGUCAUUCAAACUUCAGGGCCAUAUUUCUUUUCCAUUGAUUUUGGAUGCAUCCUCAUUCAUGACCACUAGACUAGGAGUAAAUAUACAGGAAGAUGUACAAAGUCUGCCAUUAAAUAUGCAGUAUAGCAAAAAAAGUUCUAUGCCAAACCAUAGCAAUCUGCAUUCUGAGAUAAGAACGAUUAAAUCCAGUGCCAUUUAUGGAGAAGCAAAAGAGCAGAUCGAUGCAGAUACUCUUAUCCAUGAUGUGGUUAUCUCUGCUACUAGUAGACAGGAACUUGCUGAACUUCCGUGUUCUGGCUCUUCACAAAGCAUUCACUCAAACACGCAGUUGCAAUCCAAUGACAAGGUCGAUGUUUCUUGUAAUUCAGUUUCUCAAGACACAUGUUUGUAUCAACUUGUUUCUGUUGUGGAACACUUUGGAAGAACUGGAGGAGGGCAUUACAGUGUUUACAGAUGUGUGAGAUCUGAGUCCUCAGAUGUCUCUGGCGAUCGCUUCAAUCAAAAUUCAAUGCACUGGUUUCGUGUUUCAGAUUCUCAUGUGGAUGCUGUUUCAGUGGAUGAUGUUGUUUCUGCUGAGGCCAGCCUGCUUUUCUAUGAGAGAAUUCCAAAUAACUGA